GUGUGAAGUAAGCUAAUUUCUUAGAUACAAAUGAUUGUCUAAUCUAUCAUCUUCAUACGAGCGGUAUCUUUGACUUUGGCGGUAUUCCGAUAAUGUUAUAACAUAUUGUAUCAUAAAUUGUGCCAGAGAAAUUAUUUCGUCCCUUGCCGGCUCUAUCAUAUACUAACGGUAAUAAACACAUUAAGCAAAAAAAUUACCAGUGUUCCCUACGGUCCAUGUAGCCUGCGGGGCAAUUACCAUUUUUGUCCUAAUGCAAAUUCGGCCCUGGCUAGUGGAUAAUGAAAAUAUGGAGUCGAAGUGCCACCAAUCUAUACUAUUAAAGAAUGAUCAACAUAAAAAUGACGAUUUAAUGAAUAAUCCGGAUUAUCACUUUCGGGUGAGCUUAUUACCACAUUUUUCUGAAUUUGAUUCCUUGGAAAAGCUUCAAGUUAGGGCACGUCUUCAUACUGUUAUUAUAGAUGCUCUCCAAACAAAAAAAAAACAGGGAAAUAUUGGUCCACAACAAAACCAGCAAGGGUAUUCAGUGUCUGCACGAUAUGCUUUAGAAACAAAUUCUCAACAAAACCUACAAGAAUAUACAGUGCCUCCAGAACAUUAUUCAGGAACACAAGCUUGUGGAUUGCAAAACAUCCAUUACCAGUUAUAAGCAUUGUUCUUUUUUUUCGUUUUAUUGUAUUUGUACAUGUAUUUUUAUGAGUUUACCACCAAAGUCAAGCUUGAAUAAAUAAACAUA